AUGCGCUCGACUAAGAAGUCCAACGGUAUAUGGGUACCCAAUGACAUCAAUGUGCAGUACUACUCGCAGCGAGCUUCUCGUGGAGGCCUCAUGCUAGCCGAAGCCAACCCAUCAGCCGACCCCCUCGAGCUGAUUCAGAAAGCCCGCUGGCUACCCUGGAGUCCCUGGAAUUUUCACGCGGGGCCAAAUCGCGGGACGGAAAAGAGUCAUAGAUAUCUUCCACGCCAACGGUGCUUGUAUCCUAUGCUAGAUGUGGCACGUUGGCCGUGCUACGACACCCGGUAUACUCGGUGGACAGCCUGCCCUCUCUUCGACCAAUAUUCCUAUGGAAGGAAAGGCUCUGGAUGGCACCGAGUAUGUAUGCAGCGGUUCCCCAGAACCGAUGACGAGGGAGCAAAUCCAAGAGACAGUCCGGGCUCUGAGAGCUUCGUUGUCGAUGUAGAGAAUAGACAGCAGCCUUUAGGAAGUUCAACUAGACAACAAUCUGAAGCAGCCUGGGGACUCCUGUCCAACUGA